CCAACUUCAUUUAAAAAAGCAUUUCUAUAUUUUCUUCUAUCUUGCAUCACAGCUUCCCCUGGUUACCUUCUGAUUGUUGAGAUCACAUACAGUGAGGGUGUCUUUUCCUGUGUUUUGUUGUAGCUUGAGUUCAAACUUUAUUGUCAACUAUUCAACCAUUUUAGGUGUAGGUGUGUGAUUCCUUAAGAAAUUCAUUUGCAUUAUUCCUGGUUCCAUGAGAUGGAAUUGUUUGUGUUGUUUCAUGUGAUUGGCAGACAUGUAACUCCAGUAUUUCUGUGAAAUUUUUAUAAACUCUUAUAUUGUCAUUCAGUUUGUUCUGUAUUUUGGAUAGUUUCUUAUUCAUCUGCUCUGCCUGUGUGGUAGUAUUUGGAUAAUUUCUUAUUCAGUUUGUUUCAUAUGCGAAUCUUUUUCUAUUCAUAUUAGGAUUCCUUUACCUAUAUUGUUUGUCCCUCUUAUGGAGCAAGACAAUUUCACUUGUUUCCAUUGGGACAUUAAGUGCGUAUUAAAUAGUUUUAGCUUCAAAGAUUAAUACUCGAGGGAGAAAAGUCUCAGAAUUUCUUAUCUGCUUCGUGGUUGCAUCAUGAAUUUCAAUUAAGUAGAUGGGAUGGGUUUUGGAUUAUUAGUAUGAGUCUAGUAAUUUGCAACUACAUUUACAGGAUAUCAUAGUCAAGACUUAGAUUGUGAUAGUUAAACAAGUUAACUGCAGUGAGGAAAAAGAGCAUCAACUUUACGGGAAUAGAGGCUUUUUAAAUCUACUACUAGAAUAGUUUGUCAGCAGCAGUGCUCAUGGCUAAAUCUGCUACUAGCAGUCUUUAUCUGGACAUUUUGUUUACCACUAGUUUUGGCUUCUGCUAUAUGUCACUGAGUAUACACAGAAUUUCCAUUUCUGUUCAUGUUCCAGAAGAAAGGAACAAUCUCCUACUUUCCUAAAUAUAGAACUAUUCUGUUUUUGUAUUGAGUACUCAUCAAAAAGUUUGGAUGUGAUGUUUUGUUUGUUUUUCUUUUACAUAUGGAUAACUUAUCUAUAUGGACGAGGCAUAAUUCAGGUUGUGUAGGAUUAGGUGGUCUGAAGUGGCCAGCUUAGCUUUGACUUGUUUGUAUGCUUCUUCUUCACCACUAGCAAUUCCGAAAAAUAUGGACAAAAAAUGGUAAAAAAAUUCCCCUUUGUGUUCCAUGUGGCAAUAAAAAUGAUGAUAGAUGUGGGUAUAUAUGUGGAUAUUCAUGUAAAUAUCUCAAAUACUGAUAUUAGCAUCACACGAGGUGGCAAUGAAUGUAAUUCAAAUGGGAAUCACAUAAGUAAACUUAUAAAUCAGUAAUAUUAGGAAUGUCUGGAACCUGGAAUAAAAUUCUGGGGGUUAAUGAAGUAAUACCUAAUUUUGGAGUGGUUGUAAACAUACUUCUUAUGUAGGAGUGUCUGUUCCCGAGUGUAGCUUCAGUGUUUCAUCCCUAAGAGCUCUUUUCUCUGUUCUGGAUGGCAGGAUUUUGUUAGAUUUCACUAUAAUGGGGUUAUUUGUUUGCAUCAGCGGGAGCAGGUCUUAAAAUAGUUAGUGGUGGGGCAUUCUUAGUGAAGACGAAUAAAAUACAUAGAUAUAUCCGUUGACGUCCUGAAUGAUUAAUGUAGAUUCUUCAUUCUAACAAGAGCAUUUUAAAGUUAUAUACUUUCUGGUCCCCAAAAUAUGAGUCCCUAUUUGUACUUCAAACCCACUGAAAUUGCAGUCACCAUAUAUUUGGUGCAUCUUGCAGUAAUGAUUUUGUCAUUUGUAAUCAUGUCUCAUUGUGUUGUAGUCAUUUGGGUAAUAAAACUUAAUGAGAAAUCAUUUUUGCUACAUUGAAAUACUAAAUGGGAUGCCUUUGUUGGCAAGAGCUAAGUACUUAAUCAUGGACUUGAUCAAACCUGACCAUCCGUAAAACUUAAUAAAGACCAACACAUUGGUUGUUACAACUUAUGGAUGACCAAUACAAUGGGCAUCUCAUUAAACAAAGCAGCAUGUACUUUUGUGGUUAUGAUUUCAAUUUCAAAACGUAUAUAAAAAAGAGUACGAUUUUGAAUAUCCCUUGAAUGAUGGAAUUGGUGUCCAAAUUCAUUGUGCAAUAUUUGGUAGUAUGACAAGGCAUUUAUUUCCUUAAACGUUAUGUGUAUAUUACCUUUUAAAUAUUUCAUUUAAUAUUAAUGUCCAAGUCAAUAACGUGUCAGUCCUAGUUUUUAGAGAGUUGCUGUGUCAUGUCGUUCUAAAUGUCCGUGUCCGUUUCGGUGCUUUUUAGAUUGUGGUGAAUUUUAAAUAGUUGUUCCUUGGAAGUAACUAUAGGAGUAACUUUCUUGAGUUUUCAAUAAAUGAUGUUUCUUUUUCAAAUUUAACUUUAAAGAUGUCUUUGUUGGCAAAGUUAAGUACUUGAAAUCUUUUCUAGUCAAAGGAAAAUAAGCUAUUUUAGUUGUCUGGCGUUUCUAGUAAUUGUUGAAGGGAGUCUAACUCGGGGAAAGGUAACAGUUCAUGUUGGAUCUGAUAUGUGAGUGUGUAAUGAAAAGAACGCAUACUGUUAUAUGGAUUUGUGGUUUACUAUAACAAAACGGCAAUAUUUCAGUUACUGCAGUUUUCAGAGAAAACUUAAAAAAUUUUGUUUGCUUGUUUGUUUGUUUUUGUUUUUUUAUGCUGGGGAAAUUGAGUUAAUUUAACCUUCCUAUAGGUACAGUUGGUAGAUGGAAGCAGACUCAAUGUCACUUCUAUUGGUCAAAAUCUCUAUAUCGAAUUGAUGAAUUAUCAGUCAAUAUCGGAACAUAAUAGUAAAUUAAAUUUCUGACAUAAAAGCUUUCUACAUAUAUUAUAUAGAUGCUAUAAUUACGUAGUUCUACCACUUCUAGGAGUAUCCUUUUGAGUGCUAGCUGAAUGUAAAGUAAUGGCUUUUGUGCAAUGUUGAAAGGAUCCUGAUGUAGUGGGAGUGUUCGGAUUGUGAUAACCUCUAGGUUUAUCCAGUAGUGCUAAUUUCUCCCUUUUUAGAAUGGCUCCAGUGACUGCAUAUAGGUUAAAUCUGGUUGCUUGGGCUGUUGUACCUUUUGGUUAUGGAUACUGAAAGGAACUUUAUCUAAGUCUAGUUAUAGUAGGGCUACUUUAUUUGUUUGCCAUAUCUUGGCUAGGUGUUUAUGGAAUAAUCAUAGCAGGUUAGUUUAGUAAUUAGGGGGCAGUCGUUUUGCCCAUUGGACUAGUAUUUUCGUUUCAAGGUAAAGAUGGCAAGUAUUUUGCAAUCUUAUUGCUCGUAAAUAAGCUUCCUAGAACAGAAGUUGAUGGUAUUCAGCAUAGCUGGUGUGUUUAUGAGGCAUUUGAGGUAAUUUAAUUACUUUGUACAAAAUCAUGCUAGGCAUUUUAUUUAGGUAAGUGUCUGUUUGCCGUUUUGGGGAUUGGGAAUGGGUAUGGCUUUCCUUUCCUAUGUUUGGUACACAUCUUGGUAGUGAUUUAGCUUUUAGGUGGGAAUGGUGUACCCAGGAUACGGGAAUAGGGUACCCAUGAACUUCCUUGGGUUUGCAAAACCCAUUCCAUGAAGGUGGCUAUAAUAAAUAAACAUCACUCACAGUUCGUAUCGUCAAGAACUAAAAACGUCAUCGAUAUCCUCAAAAACCCUAGGCAUUUCCUAGCAUUUCCAAAUACUGGAGUGGGAUUCAUUGUUUCUCUUUUCCUUGGAAUGGGAAUUGGAUUCCUCAUUACCCAGUCCAGAAUAAGUAAUUGCCAAACUUAUGAAGUAGGGUACUAGUAACUCUGGAAAGAUUUUGCCGAACUCUUUUGUCAGGAUUAAAGUUCUUUCAUCAUUACUAUACGCUAUCUACUUUCCUUAUUGAUGCAUUCUUUUGCCUUCUUAAUUCAAAAUCAAUUUUGAUGUUUGCUGUAGACAUUUUCUAACUCUAGUACUUUUCUAUACUAGGAAUGCAAUCGCGAAAUUCAAGGCGCAAUCAAUAAGUACCAUACAUAUACACAUGUAUUACUUGUUGAAUAUGCUUUGACAGUACUUGGGAAGUAAUAGCAUUUGGAUAUGAUACAGAUUAGGCUCUGUUGUAGAAUUUAUCCAUUUCAAAUGAUAUUUACCAUAUUAGUUACCUAGUAUUGUUAUAUAGUUAUUUUUUUUAUUUUUUAUUUUUAACCCCACCCAUCAUCCACAUAUGCUAGUGAGAAUCGAACCCAUGACCUGCCCGGUGUUGGUUUUACCCAAUAAUCUAGUGUGUGUGUAUAUAUAUAUAUACAUACUUAUUGAGAAUAGAUCUAGAUUUACUGAAAGGAAUAACUAACUAUAAAUAUGUAACUAUAUUGGCACUCCUUAUCCGAACUCAUGUCAAUUUCCUUUUAAGAUCAUAUUGGUUAUUUCUCGCAUAUCAUUCAUUGUGUAAGUAUUUUCAGACCAAUAAGCAGUAUCAAAUUCAUUAUUAGUAUCACCAUAAACCCAUCCUAGUAUCGAAACGAUUCUUACCACUUGCCUUAGUAACGUUAGCUGCCUAUCCUAGUUUCACAAUCUAUGAACUUUCUAAAGAAACAUUCCUGCAACAUAGUGCACACUCAAAAAAAUCAUACUGGUUAGAGUGCUAUUUUCUCUACUUCUCAUGCUGGGAAGGACUUAUUCCCUUCACUCCACCAGCCUUCAUAUUUCUUGGCAUUGCUAGUUGAUCCUGAUCUUUACUCCUACCGAGCUAGAGGUGGGGGUCCUCUCUAAACAUGCCAUUGAACAAACAACAUUUUCAUUGGUAUCCUUUUAUUUGAAUAUAUAUUCCUUCUCUGAUUGAAUUUAUUAGCAACUUCUUUGUACAAAGUGUAACAAUAUGCUCUGUAUCCUUUUAUUAGUCUUGCUUAUGAUCUUGAGCCUGUGUUAGGAAUCACAGAGGAAUUAUCUUUCUCUGUGACCAAGUCACUUCUAUUAGUAGGAACUCUGUCAAGUUUAUUGCUUUGCUAGAACUAAGCAGCAUUACUUUCAAUAUUAAAUAUGUGUUUGUUAAAGUGUAUUACCACACAACCCAUGAUUGCACACACGUCGUCUGCACGCGCGCGCACACACACACUCUUAUUCAAGAUGUAUAUUUCUUUUAGAAAAAUAACCAAAGCAGGGGGGCCUUGUAAAUCUUGGUAUUUGAAGAGAGUGUUUCCGAAAGGAAGUAAUAAUCUUGUUGGAAAAGUUUAGCAUAUUGCUUCUGGGAGAGCAAGUUUUCUUAGUUAUUUAUAUGAGCAAUUAUUAUAUAAUUAUAGGUGAGGGGCCAAAACCUUGCUAAUGGCAAGACACUUCUCUCUAGCCAUGAAACGGUGCGCACCAAAAUAGUGCGUAUGUGUGUGUGGUGUUGUGACUCUGAAUUGACUUACCAUGGAUGGAGGUAUUUGGUGAUUGUUGCAUAUUGCAUUUGAAAUUAGAUAUUCUAUUGUCAUUAUGCUCACUAGAUUUGUUAU